CCAAAGCUCCAGAUGACUGCACCCAAGGGUUUCAUGUAGAUGUUGAACAGCAUGGGGGACAGAGCUGACCCCUGCGGAACCUCAUACUGGAGAGUCCAGAGUGCCGAGCAAUGUUCCCCAAGCACCACUUUCUGGAGGCGACCUGCCACGUAGGAGCAGAACCACUACAAUGCAGUACCUCCCACUCCCAACUCAGCCAGUCUCCCCAGAAGGAUACCAUGGUUGAUGGUAUCAAAAGCCGCUGAGAGAUCAAGGAGAAUCAACAGAGUCACACUCCCCCUGUCUCUCUCCCGACAAAGGUCAUCAUACAGGGCGACCAAGGCUGUUUCCGUGCCAAAACCAGGCCUGAAACCUGACUGAAAUGGAUCCAGAUAAUCGGUCUCCUCCAAGAGUGUCUGGAGCUGGCCCGCAACCACUCGUUCAAGGACCUUGCCCAGGAAUGGAACACAUAAGUGUAGAAGCAACUGGGGUGAUUUGGAGUGGGGAAAAUAGAGGGGAAAAGGUUAAGUAGCUCCUUGCCAAUGGUCCGUUAAAUUUGUGGCCAUAAUGACUGAGUUCCUUUGUCUGGGAUUCACAGAUAACCAGAGUCUGCAGUAUGUUCUCUUCUUUGUGUUCCUAGUGAUAUAUUUGCUGAUCCUGAUGGGGAACAUUGGCAUGGUAACAUUAAUCUGGAUUGACUCCCGGCUUCACACUCCCAUGUAUUUUUUCCUGAGCAACCUGUCAGUCUUAGAUAUUGGUUACUCCAGUGUCAUCGCUCCCAGGACACUGAUGACCUUUGUAGAAGAAAGCAAAGCAAUCUCAUUCACUGGCUGUGCCCUGCAGUUUUUCUUUUUCUGCAUUGCCAUAUCCUGUGAAUGCUGCCUUCUGAGUGUGAUGGCGUACGACCGCUUCAUCGCUAUCUGCAACCCACUGUUGUAUACAGCUAUCAUGUCCAGAAAGCUCUGUAAUUUGCUUGUGGUGUCUUCAUAUCUAACAGGUUGUGUGAAUGCAGUGGUCCAGACUUCAUUUAUAUUUACUUUCUCCUUUUGUAGGUCCAACAUCAUCAACCAUUUUUCCUGUGAUGUGCCCCCUAUCCUAAAGCUCUUCUGCUCAGACACAGGAGUCACUGAUAUUAUUCAUUUCUCCUUUGCUACAGCAAUUGUAUCAAUAACUAUCCUGGCCAUACUGGUCUCUUACACAUACAUCCUUGUGGCCAUCCUUCGGAUCAACUCAGCCGAGGGCAGACAUAAAGCCUUCUCCACCUGUGUCUCCCACCUUACAGCAGUCACUGUUUUCUAUGGGACAGCCAUUUUCAUGUACCUACGGCCCAGUUCCAAAUAUUCCAUGGAACAGGACAAAAUCAUCUCUGUUUUUUACACCCUUGUAAUCCCUAUGUUGAAUCCACUCAUCUGUCAGCUCUUCACUGAGACAGCAGUGUCGGUGGGGGUGCAGGCAGGGCUGGAGAUUCCUUGGUAAUUGCCAGGCCGUAAG